AUGAUUAAAUAAAUUUUAAAUAGAGCAGAUUCAUUUGUAGAUUAAAACAAAAGAUUUGUAGGCGCCCUGGCAUUCUUAUAUGCAACUAGUUUGGCAACUAGAUCUUUAAAAAAAGUGUUAGGCUUUUUAGCUGGUUAAUUUAUUCCUGGCUAUAAUUUAACUUAAAGAUAUGGGAAAGGAUCUUAUGCUGCAAUAUCUGCUUGUACUGAUGGUAUAGGUAAAGGAUUUGCUCUAGAAUUAGCAAGAAGAGGCUUUAAUCUGGUGAUGAUGAUUCGAAAUGCUAAGAAAGGAGAAGUUUUGGCUGAAGAAAUAAGGAAAACGAUUAAUAAAGACAUAGAUAUUCGAAUUGUUGAGAUCGAUUUCUAAAACAUUUAAAACCCAGGCGUAAUUGAAGCUAUAGUUGAUUAGUUGAAAGGAUUAGAUAUAAGUAUUUUAGUUAAUAAUGUCGGAAAGCUACUUCACGGUUCCUUUGAAAUUUAAAAUUUUACAGAAAUAAAUAAUCUUAUUUCUAUGAAUUGUGGUGCCUAAGCUUUAUUGACUAGAGGACUAAUUUCUUAACUAUUGUAGAGAAAGUAAAAAAGUGCAAUUAUUAACCUCUCAAGUUUAUCGUGCAACUAACCAAUGGUAGGGUAUGCUAUGUAUGGAGCAAGCAAAAGCUUUAAUGAUUAUUUUAGUAGAUCCCUAUCUGAAGAGUAUAAAGGUAGACUUGACAUUUUAUCUGUUAGACCAGGCUGGGUUACUACUCCUAUGACUGAUGGAAUAAAUGAAAAGUUCUUUGAAAUCACAGCUGAGUAGUGUGCAAGUAACGUGCUAAGAUAGCUUGGAAGAACCAAUCUUACUUUUGGUCACUAUAAACAUUAGAUUACUGCUUACUUUAGUGAAUUAGUUAUUGACAUACUAAACAAUGAUAGUCGUAAGAAGCUUUAAAACUCAAACAAGUCUUAAUGA